AUGGACAUGCUAGGGGACCUUGAAUCCCUGCAGUUUGAGUAUGGGAUUCAAGAGGAAGAUCGCAGCUGGCUGUAUUUGCAGGGCCGUUCUCGAGGGCUGAUGAUCAAGGCCUGUGCCCAUGCAACCUUCUUCUGCAAGCUACUCUGUAAUUUGAGAGAAUCAUUCCAUGAGAAGCAGACUUCCAGCUGUCCCUUGACUGGAUUGCUUACUGGCAUUCCCGAUGAUGAUGAGUUAAAGGUGGGCAUCAUUGGAGGUGGCCACCUUGGGAAGCAGCUGGCUCGUGUACUGCUUCAGCUUGUCCCCAUCCCUGCUGAGAACCUGAGGAUCUCCACUCGGAGGCCAGAGGCCCUGGAUGAGUUCCAGAAACUGGGAAUCCAGUGUUUUUACCAUAACCCUUAUCUGGUGGACUGGGCCAACGUGCUGUUCCUCUGCUGCCUGCCCUCUCAGCUGCCUAAUAUCUGCCUAGAAAUUCAAACCCGCCUGGAGAAAGGUUGCAUCGUGUACAGCUUCGUGGCUGCCGUCCCAAUAGCCAGGUUGAAACUCCUACUGAACCACACCAAUAUCUUGCGGCCUCAGUAUCAAUGUGUUGAAGAUUUUGUCAACAUCUGGGGGGCCAACAAGGACAUCACAGCUGCCCUCCAAGAUCCUGUGAUUCUUCAGGCUACCUGCCCCUACAGUCCUGCUGGGGGAAUAAUCCUCAAUAUCAAGUGGUUGGAGGGAGUGUUAUACGCGGUCCUAAACAUCUGCACCGCAAGGGACAUGCCUCACUUACAAGCGCUGCAGCUUCUGAAUGAGCUGUUACUCUCUGUGCACUUUGAAGACUGUGAGAAAGAUGGAGCAUCUUGCCCCAAAUUUCAGUUACAUGAUUUUGUCAGCCAAAUCUAUAGCAAGAACCUAUCUCAGCAAAGGCCUUUCCCCUGGUUUGAUCUGACUGCUGUGCAACUCAAGGAAACACCCUUUAGUCAGCAUCUCUCAGCCAGUACUGCUCUCCAAGACCACCUUACCUAUCGAUACUGUGAUUCAUUUGGUAUCUCCCUACCCCAAGAACAGCAGCCAGGGGUUUCCACAGGCUCUGCCUCUCAAUAA